AUUCAUUCAAAUUAUUAGUUAACGUUUUUGCCACGAGUGUCAGUACUGCAUUCGAGUUGUUUCUAGUUUUUAGCAGUUGAGGUUAUUUUUUUAUCAUCAAACAAAGUAAAUUAAAAUCAAGACAUAUUAUUACUAUAAAAAUAGAAUUAAUGGGCAAUGAAAAAAGUGCCCUGAGUGGGCUAGAGAUAGAUGAAAAAGCUAUCGAAAUCACAGACUUUUGGCUGCACCACAGUGCAAAUUUAAAUGGCGUUAAUCCGCAGGUCCUGUCAGUUUUCAUUAGUGAACCAUCUUUACAUUCAUGUGCAAAUUUUGGUAAACCAUCACCUUUAGAGAGAGCUGCCAGAAACUUGAUGCUCCAUCGCCAUCCUUGCAUUUUAAAAUAUAUUUCAUCUUGGAAAAAGGGUAGCACUUAUUAUUUAGCUACAGAAGAUGUAAAACCUCUAGCACAAGUUAUUGGAACCCAAACAACACUUCAAAUAUGCAUUGGAUUGCACAGCAUUCUUAGAGCUCUAAUUUUCCUUCAUGAAAAAGCUUUAGCUUCUCACAAUAAUGUUUGUAGUAGUUCAAUUUAUGUUACUCCUGAAGGAUCAUGGAAACUCGGGGGUCUUGAAUAUCUCUGCAGAUUUUCAGAAUUCAAUCAAGCCUAUUUGAAAAAAAUUAAAAACUUUAGGUGCGAACAAGCCAUUGCACCUGAAGAAGAAACAGUUACCUCAGAAGUACAGAUUAAUCCCAUUGGUAUAGAUCAAUAUGCUUUUGGAGUAUUAACAGAAGAAGUUUUACGGUUAAAAAAUACUGAUGAUGUUCCUGCCUUAUUAGAAUUCCGUGAACUUUGUAAGCAAAGUCUACAAAAUGCAGAUCCUGCACUUAGGACAAAAUUAUCUAUAUUACUAGAAAAUCCAUUUUUUACCCAUGAUUUCAUAAAUAUACAUGCUUUUUUAAUGGAAUUACCGUUGAAAACGGAAUCAGAAAAAGAAGAAUUCUUUUCUAAUCUAGUACCACAAUUAAAGAAAUUUCCUGAAAAAAUAGUUGCUGAGCAACUAGGAAGACUUUUAUUAUCAAGGAUGGUUCUUUUAGAUUCUACUGCUCAAUUAAAAUUGUUACCUAGUGUUUUGAAGCCAAAAACUGAAAAUAGUGACGAUGACGACAACGGUUUAUUCACCAUUUCAACAUUCAAAAGUUAUUUAAUUCCAAAACUUUUACAAAUGUUUUGUGUUCGUGACACAUCUAUUCGAUUAUUUUUAUUAUCUCAUUUAAAUUCUUUUAUUUAUGCAUUUCAAAUGGAUGAACUUAAAAACCAAAUACUGCCGGAACUUUUAGUAGGAAUCAAGGAUCGAGAUGACCAUUUAGUUAGUAUAACACUUCGAGCUUUAGCUGAUCUUGUACCAAUCCUUGGUGCUGCAGCUGUGAUUGGUGGAAAACGUGGCAAAUUAUUCACCGAUGGUCGUCCUAAUCUUAAUCAAACUCGAAGAGAAGUGAGAAAUAAUGUACGAAUGAUUGAAAAUCAUCAUUCAAUAGAGGAUAUUAAUACAGCAGUAUUAGAACUACCUGAAAGACCUUCACCUGAUGGUGGAGAAGAUAGAGUGGAGUCAUCUUUAACGUUAGCUGAAGAAGAAACAACUUGGUCUGAUUGGGAUACUCAUGAUAUUCCAAGUACAAAUACUGAUACAUUAUCAGAUGAGCCAUCUAAAGAUAUUAACAAAAUGCCAGAAUUGGACUCAUCAAAAAUUGAAGCACUGCCUAAUGCUUCAAAAUUUAAUAAGUUAGCUUAUACGAAGAAAAUAAUGAUCUCAGAUAUUACAGAAUUAGAUAUUAAGCAUUCUAAGUCAAUGCAGGCCAUUAAAGAAGAAGUAGACUUUUUUACUGACAUGGAACCAAUUAUUGAAAAGCCAAAAAUUAUACAUAUAGAAGAAGUAAAGAAAGAAAAAAGUGUGUUUGAUGUCAAAACUAAUGGAAUGCAAGAUGAUGAUGGAUGGGGAGAUGAUUUGAAUGAUUGGGGUGGUGAUAAUUCACUUGAAUUAGAUGAAUAAAAUUAAUUAUGGUUGAUAUUUAGUAGUGUGAAUGAUAAUAAUGGUAAAAAAUUUGUACAUAAUUCAUACGAUAAAAUAUUUGUAUUUAUCGUGCAAUAUGAUU